GUGAUGAGCACUGUAUGAAAGAUACAUUGGCUACGAAUACAACAAUCAAUUAUAGCCACAAACUGUUGCCCCCAUUUCUAGCCACCGGUUCCCUUCAGAUAUUGGGUGCGAUUAUGAUGUUAAUCAUGUAUUUGUGUCACAAAUAUAUUCCUAACACUCAAUCGCAAGACAAACAAACCAAUGAACAAGAUAUUGAAAAACCUGUUGAACCCAUAUAUCGGCGCCGAUAUAGCGUACACAUCAUCGAAGAUAAGGGUCCUCAUUGGAAAAACGGUUUGUCACCUGCCGGUGCUGAGGGUCACAAUUUAGGAGCAAGGUAUAAUAAGAGGUUGCGUUCAUCACAACGAAAGAGACGAUUCUCGACGUUCCCAGUGAUGGACACACCGGACAUACCCUUACAAGUGGAGCCGUCGGGUGCGUCUCGUUUGCUGGUCAUAGGGUUGGGUGCCGUGUGUUUCUCGUCGAUACUGACCUGCGAGGCGGCAUUCCUUGACUUUUCGCCCACUUUUUUCCGAUAUUACUCCAACGCUAAGGGAUACCAAACGGCAAUACUGUUGACAAUCAUGACAUCGUCCUAUACCCUAACGCGCGCCUGUAGUAUAUACGUGGCCUAUAGAGUGCGCCCGCAAUACAUACUAUCCGUUCAUUACGUGAUUGUAUUCACGAGUCUAGUCCUCCUAUCCUUUGCAAACCACAACACUAUAGUCAUGUGGACGGGAAAUGUACUUUUCGGCAUAGGGAUCGCCACCUUCUGGUCGGCCACCUUCUCGUACAUCGAGACCUACUUCGAGGUGACGGACAGAAUCGGCACAAUAUAUGUGUCUCUUUUGGGUUUACUGGAGAUCAUAACCCAAUUCAUUGAGGGACCCUUCCUCGAGGACAACCCCGAAGUCCUGCUAUACUAUUGCGGUUCAAUGGCCGCCACGAGUCUCACGGCUUUCAUAUUGAUUACGAUUAUUGCAAAUAAGGCUCAUUUGAAACUCAAUCACCAGAAACCACCCAUAAUUAUA